CAUCCUGGAGCAGCAGUAUGACUGUUGUCUUCUGGAUCUGUUGAGAUGGGCUGAGGGCUGCGGCGCAGAGGACAGACUAAACAACCCCAAGACUACGUCCGCUUGGUAGGAAGUUGAACGCUGGGAGGAAUUCUCCCCGAUCCCGGUCGCCCCCUCUCCUCCUCCUCCGCUCCCGGCCCGACGAGGCCGGGGAAUGUCCCGGCAGCGAGAUGCCUUAUGUGGACCGACAGAACCGCAUCUGUGGUUUCCUGGACAUCGAGGAGAACGAGAACAGCGGCAAGUUCCUGCGACGCUACUUCAUCCUGGACACACAGCAGGGGAGCCUGGUGUGGUUCAUGGAUAACCCUCAGAACCUGCCCAUCGGUGCAGACUGUGUUGGUUCACUCAAGCUCACCUACAUCUCUAAGGUCAGUGAUGCCACCAAGCAGAGGCCCAAAGCAGAGUUUUGCUUUGUCAUCAACGCUGGGAUGAGGAAGUUCUUCCUUCAGGCCAAUGAUCAGCAGGACCUUGUCGACUGGGUCAACGCUCUCAAUAAAGCCACCAAGAUCACUGUGCCAAAGUCGUCAGAAAGCCAGCAGAAUUCAGAAAACCAGAAAAUUUUGCCAGACGUCGUCGGGCCCAAGAAGCAGGUUUCCUACAGGACGGACAUAAUCGGUGGAGUUCCCAUCAUAACCCAAACCCAGCACGAAGGCGGUGACGGCGCGAACCGAUCAGAGCGCGAGGCGCUGCAGCGCUCCCACAGCCAGCUGCCAUACUUCCUGGGCAGGCCGGCUCAGGAACAGAGCGUCAUCAAGUCAGGCUACUGUGUGAAGCAAGGAGCCGUGAUGAGGAACUGGAAGCGUCGCUACUUCCUCCUGGAGGAAAACGCUAUGAGCUACUUCAAGUCAGAUUUGGAGAAAGAGCCUCUGAGGAUGAUCCCACUAAAGGAGGUUCAUAAGGUCCAGGAGUGCAAACAGAGUGACAUCAUGAUGAGAGAUAAUCUCUUUGAAGUCGUCACCACAUCGAGGACGUUUUAUAUCCAGGCGGACAGCCCGGUGGAGAUGCACAGUUGGAUAAAGGCCAUCUCAGGGGCGAUAGUAGCCCAGCGGGGACCUGGGAGGUCGGCUGCCACAGAACACGGCAACCGUCCCUCGUUCUACCGCAGCCCAGCGGCUGCCGCCGUCCCUCGCGCGCCCGUACCUGCCGUGCCACCAUGCAACCCCGAGCGGGCCGACGCCGUCGCGUGCGGCGCACGCCCGCAGCCUGGCGUGGGACAGCGAGCACUUCAUGAGCCUGCUGCCGCGCCCCGUUCACAGCCACGCGCCAGCACGCCUGUCCCUGCAGGAGACACGCCUCGCAAAGUGACCUCCCAGCCGCCCGCCAGCAUCACCGUGGCGUGCUCCGAGGAGUCGCCGUGGAGACGUCGAAGCAGCUUCGAGCCCCAGGCGCCCCAGACCCAUCUGGACAUUGACGACGCGGAUCUGCCAGUGAGCGAGGUCUGACCACCGACUCUGAGCUGGACUUUGAAAGCCUCCGUCGUGUCUUGAGGGACCUCUCCACCGCCGAUAAACAGGACACACCGUGAACCCGGGCUUUGGCUUGCUAAACCAAAGCUGUAACACAAACUCAUCGUCGGAGCGCUUCCAUCGACGCCGCCGACCCGCACUCAUCUGACCCAGCGUUCACCCAAACUCCUGGACUCUGGACGGGGUCUGAGCCAAGCUACACGUUUGACUUGUUCUGAAUGAAAUUCAGCGUCAGAGCUUUAUUUUCACACACAUAGGCACAGAGAUUGUUUUUUUGUUUGUUUUUUUGAUAAACUACUUUGUGCCAACUAAAUAAGGGAGCUUUGAACAAUACAAGCUUUUCCCCUCAGUGUCUGAAAAGGGUUUUUAAACUUUAGAAUUGCUUUUUGUUGUUGUUUUUUGUUUUUUUAAAUCCACUAAUGCUAGACGUCCCGGUUCAUUCACACUAAACAAACUGACACUGGAUAAAACGGUAAGAAGCCAAAUGUAUUCUUGCUUGAAAAUCUUCCACUGACCUCUUUGUUUUAAAGUGUCUCUUGAGUUUAAUCUGCAUUUAUAGCUGCGUACAUCUUAACGUGUAAAGCUGCCUUCACUUGUUCUUUCUCCCGCCUC